AUGAAGAAAGAUAUUGAUUUGUGUAGCAUACUCGAGCUUCGGAAAGAGAAGAGUAGAGAUGCAGCUCGAUCGAGAAGAGGAAAAGAGAAUUAUGAAUUCUAUGAACUGGCGAAGAUGCUGCCUCUCCCAGCUGCCAUCACCAGCCAAUUGGACAAGGCAUCUAUCAUAAGGCUGACUAUUAGCUACCUCAAGUUACGGGACUUCUCCGGUCAUGGUGAUCCUCCGUGGAGCCGGGACCCUCCGCCGUCCAGUAAAGCAUUGAAAGGCGCCCAAAAUAGACGGACGGCAAUAGGUCUGGCCAUGGAAUUGUUCGAGCAGCACCAAGGAACGCAUAUAUUACAGUCCUUGGAUGGAUUUGCACUCUCCGUGGCUGCAGACGGCAGGUUCCUGUACAUAUCUGAAACUGUUUCUAUAUAUUUAGGAUUAUCACAAGUAGAGAUGACGGGUAGCAGUAUAUUUGACUACGUGCAUCAAGCCGAUCAUGCAGAAAUAGCAGAACAGCUAGGACUAUCCCUCACUGGUAGACCUGGACAAGCUGGUCUGAACAGUCCAGCGUCAGGUAGUGAAGAGGGAAGUCAGCAUGGAACUAAUAAUCCUGAUGUGUCAUCGCAAAUGAGUCUAGCGGCGAGUGGGUCGCUCUACCGAGGAAUGGACCGAGCGUUUUGCGUGAGGAUGAAAAGCACGUUGACCAAGAGAGGGUGCCAUUUCAAGUCAUCGGGAUACAGGGUGGUUCUGAUGCUGUGCCGCCUUCGACCGCAGUAUUCCUUUUCCCAUAGCCGAAAGUCUCCAACGGUACUUCUGGGCAUGGUGGCUCUCGCCAUAGCAUUACCACCGCCAUCUGUUCAUGAGAUUAGAUUAGAAUCAGACAUGUUCGUCACAAGAAUCAACUUUGACUUCCGAAUAGCUCAUUGCGAGCCCAGUCGAGUAUCAGAACUCUUGGGCUACACCGCGGAAGAAUUGACGGGGAAGAAUCUUUACGCCCUCUGCCAUGGUGAAGACGCCAACAAACUUAGGAAAUGUCACGUAGAUUUAAUGAACAAAGGCCAAGUUCUGACGCACUACUAUAGGAUAAUGAACAAGCUCGGUGGCUACACCUGGAUGCAAACCUGUGCCACAGUUGUUUGCUCCUCAAAGAACGCCGAAGAACAGAAUAUUAUUUGCGUCAACUAUGUUAUCAGCGGACGCGAAUAUCCAAACACAGUAAUGGACUGCUGUCAACUAGAAGAAAGCGUACAAGGAGUAAAAAGAGAAGAAACAACUGGAGAUCCAGAGAAUGGUCCACCAGAUACCGACAACUCCGGUGCUCCACCUCCUCCACCGCGCCAUCAAGCAGAAAGAACAGAACCUCCAACUAACACUGACUCUGCAUCAUCAGCGCCAGUCCCGACAUCUGAAGUCACUCACCUAACCAGACUCAGCGACGCACAACCUCUACCUCUUCACACAAACACAGAAAGAACUUCACCCAUGCCAGCCAGAAGACUGAAGAAACGUAAACACACAACUGACUGCGAAGACGAAGCAGAAAGAGACGAAGAAAGACGAAAGACGUCUUCUAAUCCUGGAGCUGCAAUUUCACCCGCAGAACGUGAUAUUUCCAAAACCAAUUUAGCUAUACCUGAGGGAGGGUCAGACGCAACAUCAGUUAGAGAUUUAGAAAAUGCUAUGUCGAAGCACUUACCUUCGGUAGCUUUAGAUGGAAAAGAAAUCUCUCACAGACCAACCGACUUCUCCACCGAUGCUCUUUUGAAGCAACAACAACAGAAAUCAACAAUACAGUGGAUUGGGACUCAAAACCAUCACUUGAAUCCUUUGAAUAGACAGAUUCCAGCGAACCAUACGUCUACGCCCGCGUCAGCUUUGUUGAGACAACUUUACGCGAACAGAGAAAGCGUUAUCAGAAGCAACUUUUUAGGUGAUGGUAGAACUGGUGGUUACUAUUCUGGUGAUGGCCAGUCUGGGCCCUUGCCGACCCCGCCAGGUAGUGAAGGCUCUGGCUAUGGAGAGCAAUUAGGACAUAAGGGAACCGACAUAGGAUCUUUAGCUUACGGAGGUUACGCCGACUAUCAUUCGGCAAUGACUCCUCCAGGUUCAGUGUCGCCUAGAGACAAGCAGCAAUAUGCGUUGCCAUAUGACAAUAGUGCUUAUUCUGAAGCAUUAAGACAUUCGUAUUUAGGUGAAGCUCCAUUACCGUUGAAGCCUCAGGCUUAUUCAGCUGUUCCUGGUGCUUUAGACUACGCUUCAUCGUUAGACCAGUCGCAGUUCUUCCAUCCACCUUCAUCGUUCCACCUGUAUCAUCCUCAGGCGCAUUCAGCCCACGCGUCUCAUUCCCAUCAGCCUGAUAAGUCCGCGCCACCGAACACGAACUGGUACUCGGCAGGCUCAUAGCCGAAUCUUCGGCAACCUUCGUACUAUUAGCAAGCUUCUGUUAAACCGAUUGUUAAGUUUACCCUUUUUUGUUGUUUCGGGUCUCAAUUAGACUUAAUGGGACGUAUCCCUGAUGCAUUAUUAUCGGAAAAUGUAUACGGUAAAACUAAACAAGACUUCCAAAACUAAAAUACUCAGUCAAAGACAGAUGUUAUGGUGUUCUCUAUUUUUUGGAGUUUAAUAUUAUUUUAAUACUCUUUGGGGAUGUGCCAAAAAUUAUGCUUUAGGCAUAGACCUUGCAUUUAUAUCAAUCGCGUACUCACACAACAUAUUUUUAAAGACAACUGCGCUUAUUCUCUUAUAUACCUACCAAUUAUAUUAGUAGAUUAAACCUACGACCUUCAAUA